AUGGCUAAGCCCCGUGGUCUCAACACAGCCCGUAAGCAGGUCUCGACCCGCCGAGACAACCGAUGGGCCGACGCUCAGUACAAGAAGCGUGCCCUCGGCAACUUCUACAAGACCUCGCCCACCGGUGGUUCGUCCCAGGCCAAGGGCAUCGUUCUCGAGAAGAUCGGUGUCGAGGCCAAGCAGCCUAACUCGGCUAUCCGAAAGUGUGUCCGUGUCCAGCUCAUCAAGAACGGCAAGAAGGUCGCUGCCUUCGUCCCCAACGACGGUUGUCUCAACUUUGUCGACGAGAACGACGAGGUGCUCAUCUCUGGUUUCGGUCGUGCCGGUAAGGCCAAGGGUGAUAUUCCCGGUGUUCGUUUCAAGGUCGUCAAGGUCUCCGGUGUCGGUCUCCUCGCGCUGUUCAAGGCCAAGAAGGAGAAGCCCCGUUCUUAA